GCAGCAUUUUUUUCCCGACCCGCGGCCCGCCUGGGCGGGUAGUCUACCGGUCUCCUCCUUUGCCCACUAGGCCUUUUCUAGGACUCAACUGGGAUUGGCUGGCUAGCAGUCUGGGAGUGGCGCUGUGAAACUAGGACCGCACCAUCACUUCCUGUUGUGGGCAGUCGUUUCCUGUCACUGCUAGGUAACAAUGGGGAAGAUAAUGGCUGCUUGAGCUACGUCUCUGAGCUGGCGCUGUACUAGAGGCGGGUCUCUUUGCCAGGUUUUAGAGGCGGGCGAGAGCGCGGCGGCGGCGGCGGUGCGGCGGAGCCCCGGUAGCGGCGGCGAGCCCAGUGAGUCCACUCCUGGCCGAAACAUCGAAGCGGAGUGAAGAAAACUAAAAUCCAGUUUGUUGGAUUUUCAGUACUAUGUCAUAAAAGACAGUUACCAGGAAACUACUGGAAAUUAAAAGCGAUAAUCUAGACUUGCAGUUGGAAUUGUGAACUGCAAGUCCGAACUCUUCCUGCCAAGAGCUUAGUCAUGAGGGACAUUCCUGAAUCAGUUUUGGAUUUUUCAACUACCUUUUACAAGAGAUAAUUUCCACUUGUUCAUCAAGAUGGAGAACUCAGACUCUAACGAUAAAGGAAGUGACCAGUCUGCAGCUCAGCGCAGAAGCCAGAUGGAUCGAUUGGAUAGGGAAGAGGCUUUCUAUCAGUUUGUAAAUAAUCUCAGUGAAGAAGAUUAUAGACUUAUGAGAGACAACAAUUUGCUGGGCACCCCAGGCGAAAGUACUGAGGAAGAGUUGCUCAGAAGACUACAGCAAAUUAAAGAGGGUCCACCACCACAGAGCUCUGAUGAAAAUAGAGCUGGAGAGUCUUCAGAUGAUGUGUCCAACAGUGAUUCUAUAAUAGAUUGGCUUAAUUCUGUCAGACAAAGUGGAAAUACAACAAGAAGUGGUCAGAGAGGAAACCAGUCCUGGAGGGCAGUGAGCCGGACUAAUCCAAACAGCGGUGAUUUCAGAUUCAGUUUAGAGAUAAAUGUUAACCGUAAUAAUGGAAGCCAAACCUCAGAGAAUGAAAAUGAACCAUCCACUAGGCGUCUUAGUGUAGAAAGCAUGGAAAGCAGCAGCCAAAGGCAAAUGGAAAGUCAUGCAUCUGAAUCAACAUCUGCCAGACCAUCUAGAGCAGAACGCAAUUCAACUGAAGCAUUAGAAGUGCCAUUGACCAGGGGUCAGAGGAGGGCAAGAAGCCGGAGCCCAGAACAUCGGAGAACCAGAGCAAGAGCUGAAAGAAGUAGGUCACCUCUGCAUCCAACAAUUGAAAUUCCACGAAGAGCUCACCAUAAUAUCUCACCUCAGACCUUGGAGCAGCCUUUGGAAAAUGAGCCUGAAGGGAGUUCUAGAACCCGGCACCACGUGACUCUGAGACAGCAGAUAUCUGGACCGGAGUUGUUAGGUAGAGGUCUUUUUGCAGCUUCUGGAUCAAGAAAUCCCUCUCAGGGGACAAGUUCUUCAGACACAGGUAGCAAUAGUGAAUCAUCAGGAUCCGGUCAAAGACCUCCAACCAUAGUUCUUGAUCUUCAAGUAAGAAGAGUUCGUCCAGGAGAAUACCGCCAGAGAGAUAGUAUAGCUAGUAGAACUCGAUCAAGAUCUCAGACGCCAAACAACACAGUUACUUAUGAAAGUGAACGUGGAGGUUUUAGACGUACCUUUUCCCGUUCUGAACGUGCCGGUGUGAGAACCUAUGUCAGCACUAUCAGGAUUCCUAUUCGUAGAAUCUUAAAUACUGGAUUAAGUGAAACUACAUCUGUGGCAAUUCAAACCAUGUUAAGGCAGAUAAUGACAGGUUUUGGUGAGCUAAGCUACUUUAUGUACAGUGACAGUGAUUCAGAGCCUAGUGCCUCAGUUUCCAGCCGAAAUACAGAGAGAGCAGAAUCACGGAAUGGAAGAGGGAGCUCCGGUGCUGGUAACAGCUCUGCUUCCAGCUCAAGCCCUAGCCCUAGUUCAAAUGGUGAAAGUUCAGAAAGUAGCUCAGAUCUGUUCGAAGGCACUAGUGAAGGAGGCCCAUCUGGCCCAUCCAGGAGAGAUGGUCGACAUAGGGCUCCAGUCGCAUUUGAUGAAAGUGGCUCUCUGCCAUUCCUUAGUCUGGCUCAGUUUUUUCUUUUAAAUGAGGAUGAUGAAGACCAACCUAGAGGACUCACCAAAGAACAGAUCGAUAACUUGGCAAUGAGAAGCUUUGGUGAAAACGACGCAUUGAAAACAUGUAGCGUUUGCAUUACAGAAUAUACAGAAGGCAACAAACUCCGUAAACUACCUUGCUCCCAUGAGUACCAUGUCCACUGCAUCGACCGCUGGUUGUCAGAGAAUUCCACCUGUCCCAUCUGUCGCAGGGCUGUCUUAUCUUCUGGGAACAGAGAGAGCGUUGUGUAAUGAGGACAGAACUCUCAGCUGUGUAGCUGGAAUAGUGAUGGGCAAACAGAAAUCACCUGCUUUAUGUCCACUUUUUUUGAGUGGUGCUUAAAAUAUAAAGUCACAACCUGAAUUGAGUCAUUGCUGUCUUAGGGAAUCCUCUCUUUUCUCUAGUUUCUCUUUCAGGAUGGAAAGAAUAUUUUACAAGCAACAUUUUAGGACUUAAACAUUUGAUUUCGGUACCAGUUGAAUUGCUAACCUGUUCCUGAUAAUUUACCCAUGUUCACUUGUCAGUUUUUCCUUUGUUGUCUUAAGGGCUGCCUUUGCAGUGGCUCCUUUCUAUAUUCUAUAUCUCAUUGAUCUCUUUUGAAAGUUUCCCAGGCCAUAAGAGAGGUGUGAAGAAAGUUCCCAUUCAAGACUAAGUUCCAUUAUGUGUUUUGUAAGUGAUUAACUAAAACUAUACCAUUCCCAUUAUUGACACAAAUUCAUUCACAUUCUGAAUAUUGUUUGUUCACCUUCCAGAGUAGGUGAUGAUGGACAUAUCAGUGUAAAUAACACUAAACAGUUAGCAUCUUCUAAGUGUAUUAACUGUCCUAAGCCCAUCACUGUGGCACACAAUAGAGCAAACUUAGAGUUUAAUUGAGAUAUUUAUCUUGUGGAAAUAUUAAAAAGCCUAUGCUUGUGUAAGUGAAAAAAACCACAUCCAUUUGUUUAAAAAUGUAAAGCUAUUUUGUAGAGGCUCAGUACUUUUCCAAUGCACUGUUGUAUUAAUGCAUUCAGAAUUGUAAAGUACCAUGCUUAGAAAUGAGAACUGCUUUUUUGUGAGCCAGCAUAGUAAAACAAACACACCAAACAAAGUACGAAGCUGCUUCUGUAAGGGUGUCGAUGCUAAGAGCAGAACAUAUCUAUAUUUAGUGUUUUUGUGAACAGCUACUGUGACACGAAAAGGAAAGGACCAUGCACAUCCAACUUGCAUUUAGGCAGGAAUCGAUACAUGAGGGUGAAGAAAACAGCCCUGAAGAAUGGAACAUUUUCAUGACGACUGUAAGUAAUUCAGAACUGGAUUCAUACAGUGAGAGCCACAGCAGCUUGACCCACUGUUCUGCUUGAAUAGAUGAAGCAGAAGAUCAGUACAUUUGGCCGAGCUUUCUCUGAUGUAUGAGAAAACAAACCACUAUUACUUAGUACAAGUUAAAUUGAUGUCUUUACAAUCUGCUCCUCAAAAACAAAAAGUAGAGGAAAAAGACUUAAGCCAAUUUUAAGUUGUAAGUGUAUAGAUGUCAAGGAUUUCAGUUGGUAAAGAUGUGUGUGCUAUUGGACAGGUCUCAGAUUUGCUUGUUUGAGACCAUCUAAGGUACCGGUACACACUUGGUUGCUAUUUCACUGCUUUAUCUAGCAGAUCUAAUGGGCCCCCUUUAAAGACCUAUAGUGAAUGAAGAGAUUUUUAUUUUGUAUUGAAAGUGAGUCAUGUCGGGUUGUUUGAAAUUCCGAUUUUAAUUGUGUUGCCCAUAUUGGAAGAUGAGAUGACUGGCUCUUAUCUAUGAACACGCACUUUAUUGUUGGUUUGUAGAAAGACUAGAUUGUGCUAACCCCAGUAUUCUGUUGUUUCGAGGCUGACUGGGGUUGAGAUUAGUCUGGCUGUGGAGCAGAUAUGUAAACGUUUCUCUGGGAAAGCUAACUACCCAGUGCAGUACUCUGGGAAUGUUUUACACAGAUCUGCUUUAGGAGUUACCUGCUUACUCUCACUGAUAUUGCCUUAGCUGUAAAGAUUAUUUCAAAGUACAUUCUUUCAUGUUUUCUUCUGGCUUUCAGUCCUACCUAAGUAUUAAGGGAAAUUAAAUUGUAAAUAGGUAGUUGUUUACAAAGGAUAUGUACUGCUCUUGCAAGGAAAUAAUGUCCAAACAAAGCUUCACUUAUUUUUUUUAUAGAAGCAUAUUUCACUGUUUAUGGCGCUUAUGUAAUACAUUUUUAUCUUUUUAAAAGAAUUGUCCAUGUAAAAGUCAGGGUUCCUUUAUAUUUGUGAGCCUCCUUGUCACCUUUCUAUGUUUUCAGAUCUGCAGGAUAGUCCUGAUUAAGACACAGCAAAUGAAUUUUUCUCUUGGAAAAAUGUUCCAUUUUAGGGGUGUUAUUUUCUAUAGCUCAGAAACAGCUGCAGCACAUUCUAAACAAAGUGAUGGACCGCAGGCACCUCCUUAACCUCCCCAAAUGUAUUACUCAUUUCUGAAGGCUUGAAGUCAGAUGUAACUCAAGCAGGAUACUGGUUCUAAAUGGAGAUGUUGAAGCUAUUCAAAAACACUGGAAGUCGGUCUUUACAUUUCUAGCCUUCAGUAGAAUGCACAUGUUUUACAUGCAUGUGGACCAUUUCAGAAAGCACUCAGACAUUGGGUGUCUGGAUGAAUGCAAGUGUUUUUAGUGGAGUUGCUCUUUUCCUUUGGAGCCCACGGCUGUUCUGUAUUACUAGUUACAGCUGUUAAAGAUAAGGGUGUUGGUGUCGGUGUCAGGUGUGCAAUGAAGAACAGGGAUCUUGUUUUCCUCACCAUGUCUAAACACCUAUUCUUGAGGGAACAUUUUCUUGCAAAAGACUUUACAAUUUUGUUUUUGUAUCUUCGCACUUUUUCUUUAUUACAGAAAGGUUCUGUGUUGAAGACCUACUUUGAACUUCAUGCAGUAAUGUUGGGGGAUUACAUUGUUUAAAGCAUAGGGGAAAGUACUAAAGCCUGAUUUUCCAUGAAUAUUUCAAAAUGUUUUAAUCCACUUAGACUAAAAGUUUGCAGUGCUUUGGUUUAUUCCACACAGCUUACAAUGUUGAGAUUUCUUAGUGCUGAAAACAGAAUUUGACAAGUUAAAAAUGGCAGGCUGUUUGCAGUAACCCUGGAAAAAAAGAGCUAUGGUGGGAAUUUGGAACAUUUUCUCUGAAAAGAAAUUGCACCACCAAGUCCUCCAUGUUAAUAUAGGUGGCUUUGGUUAGGAGAGGGGGGAGGCUCACAUGCUAAUGUUGGAACAGGUAAUUGUCAGAUUGAUAACUAGUGGUUAGUGUCAGGAGAUGCUCAGUUUUUAGGGACACAAAAUUGCUAGAAUUCAUCCAAGCUAGGGAACUGGUUUGCUCUGUUACCUUAAGCAAUAUUUUGCUUUUGUUUUGUUUUGUUUUUUUCUCCUGGGAAAACUUUGUUUCUGUGCCAAGCAUUCUCUGCUUUCGUCAAUGUCUUAUAGUUAUGAAGGGUUAGCAUUUAGCACACUUUGUAUUUAACCACCUUUUUCUAUGACUGAGUCUCCAAAUACCCAUGUGAUGAAGAGGUCUAUGUUACAAAAUGACUGUUAAAGGCCAUUUCUGACAGUUUGCUAGAAUACAGUGGCACCUUGUGGUUGACUUUUUUUUUUAACAGAUGGAGGAUAAUUUUUUUAUCCUCUAUGAAAGGAAAUAAUUUGUAAUCUGCCUUAGCUGAUUUGUUUAAUGUUUUUCCUGACAGGCUUCUGUGACACAUGUCUUACCAAAAAUAUGCAGUACCUGGAAGCCAUUUUCACAGGGCACUUAGGUUCUUGGCUAAUCUUCUAAGACUGUUCUGAUUCUUGCUCUCUUGAAGUAUUCUUUCUGUACCUUUGUAAGGAGGUAGAGAGGGCACACGUGAAGGUGUCUCUUUUUCCCCUUUAGUACAGUUCAGUAUGUUUAAUGCUCAGUAACAGUGUUGUAAUUGAGUUAACUAGUAAAUGGUUCUUUUAAAAGUCAUUUUUAAGUGUACGUUGAUGUAUCAUGCCUCACUUGGGAAGUUAAAGUGCAAGGUCUGAGGAAAGAGUAUUUCUAAGUCCCAGUUUAAGCAAAAACAGCCGUGAGCUUAAUCAAUAUCCACCCUUUAGAUUUUUGUAACAUUCUGAAUUACCGGUAUUGAGGUAAGGUCUUGCCGCGACUCACAGCUGGCCUGGACCUCGGAACCAGGCUGUCUUCAAACUUGUGGCAGGCCUCAUGCCUCUGCCUCUUGAAUGUUAGGAAUGCAGGUACUUAGCACUCGAUUCCUUUACCUUCACUGGAUCAUUUCUAAAAUGCUAUCCAACACUCCAGGAAGUGAGUGGCCUCCUGUAAGUCAUCAUAGUUUGUAUCUAAAAGCCUACAGCUUAGAAUAGAACUACUACCGGGGAUGUUUUUUUAAGUAUCAGGUUUAUGAUUUUUUUUCAUGUCCAUGUAGAUGUCUGGAUUAAAAUCUUAAAAAGGUUAACUCAAAAUUACAGUGAGAUAUGGGACUUUUUGAAUAUUUUGAGAGGGUCUUGUUUUCUAGCCCAGGCUGGCCUGGAAUUAGUGGUCCUCCUGAUUAGGGGAUUAUUGAUGUGUGUGUCCCCCCACCCAGCAAAGAUGUGUUUACUGAAGUCCCACAGCUGCUGUCUAGUCAUUUGGGAAAAGCAGCUAGAGAUGCGCAGUGAAGGUGAACCCUGUCAGACCACUGUGCCUUGUUUCAAGGAUUUUCUCAGUUCUCAUUCUGAAGAUUGUUUCCAGUUGCAAGUUAGAGUCAAGCCAGCUACCCAGCCUUAACUCUGUUCAGUGCCCUGUUACUAAUGUUUUUAACGGGUUGGUUUCUACAUGUUUAAACUGUCCAGCAGUUGGAUUUUACCUCUUGAUAGUUCCGUUUGUCCCUGGUGCUGCUUUUAAAGGUAUAGGGCCCUGUGAAGUGUCCAGUGGAGUAGGUACGCAGUUGGCCUGGUAAUGGAAAAGCUGCUUUGGAAUAGAUGUUUACUUGGGUUCCUGUGCAGAACUGGGCAGCAAUCCUGGAAAGCUCUGUAAAGCCCGUAAGGAAGGAUUUGAAGAGGGCUGCCCUUAAGUCUUUGAACAUGAAGCACUUGUGUGCAUGCUGUCAAAAGACUGCAGUGAUUGUCAUCCCAGGCUUCCUGACCUCCAGGAAACACUUUGGAAAGGCGACAGAGGAGCACCAAGGGAAGGGAAUUUGCUUGGCUUGUUUUGUCUGCUUUCUCAUUUCCUUACCAUUUAAACCUGAACGAAACACCCUUCUCCGGUAUCUGAUCCAGCAAACUCUUGGUUGGGAAGCCCUGUGUUGAAUUUUGAGAAUGUACCCGACUUUUUGUACAGUGCUUUACACCUGCUAAAACUUAACUUGUUAAUGCAGAAGAAGACCUUGAAAGGUCAGUCAUCAAAUCUGGUUUGAUUAUUAAUAGCUAUCUUUUAGGAAGAAGCUUUUUCCCUCUAUGUAUGAUGUCAUACUGCAGACUUAAAAUAUAGACUAUCAAUAAAAUGCAUGAAGUAA